AUGUCCUCGCAAGUUGAUACCUCCGCCCCCGUCACGGGUGCCCCCAACCUUCUCGCUCUAGCCAAGAACAUUUCUCAAAAGACCACCGCCAUCGUCGAAUACCUCGAAGCCAAUGGCCUCUCCCAGCCCAGCUUUGACGUUCCCUCACCCGACACCCCCAACACGGCCGAGUAUGUCUCCAUCUACAAUAGCCUGCAGCAGUCCCUCGACGACCUCUCCAUGCUCGUCGCCGGACCCAAGAAGUUUCUCCGCACCUUUGUCUGCCAAGCCAACGAUCUCGCCGCACUGCAGGUCGCCUUUGAGUUUAAGUUCUUCCAUCUCGUCCCCGCGAAGGGGGAUGUCUUGUUACACAACCUUGCAUUUGCCGCAGGCCUGGAUGUCGAUCGCACUGCGCGCAUCAUGCGCAUGCUGAUCACGCAGCGCAUCUUUGCAGAGAAGCGCCCGGGUUACAUCUCGCACUCUGCCAUGUCGUGGAUGAUUGCCGAGGACCCGGAGAUUCACUGCGCCGGCCACUACACAACGGAUGAGAUGUUCAAGGCCUCCGUCGCUACAGCGGACUGCCUCAAGUCUGCGCCGAUGCUGUCGGACAGCCUGCACUCGCCUUUCCACACUUACCAUGAUGUGCCUAUGUUUGGAUACUACAAGCGGAACCCUGUUCACGCUACACUCAAUUACGUAGUGGACCGUCAUAUCAACGAGCUGCGGGACUGCUUCGACUGGGGCAGCCUGAAGUCCACCGUUGUCGAUGUCGGAGGGGGCAACGGAUCUACUUCCAUCGCCCUUGCCCGGGAAUUCCCCCACCUCAACUUUGUCGUUCAAGAGGGCUCCCCCGACUCCAUCGGCCAGGGCCUCAAGCUCUGCCCCGACUCCCUCAAAAGCCGCAUCACCUACCAGCAGUACGACUUCUUCACUCCGCAAACCCAGCGCGACGUUGGCGCCUUCUUCAUCCGCCAGUGCACGCACAACUGGAACGACGCCGACGUCAUCAAGAUCUUCCGUGCCUUCGUCCCUGGUCUUGAGGGCAGCAAGCCCGGCACUCCCCUCCUCAUCAAUGAUACCGUCAUGCCUGAGCCUGGUACUCUCCCUAGCCACGUUGAGCGUCAGCUACGCCAGGUGGAUAUUCUGAUGAUGAUUGGUCUUGGAGCCAAGCAGCGCUCGCGCGCUGAAUUUGGGGCUCUUCUUCGCGAAGCUGACCCUCGCUACAGAGUCAAGAGCGUACACUCCGAGGGCCCUAUGGGCCUGGUUGAGGCUUACCUCGAUAUGUAA